ACACUCCAUCAUCCCACCCUCAUUCAUCCGACGGACGCCACAGCUCACAGCGCCUGCAAAGCAAAACCACUUGAGAUUUGAGAACCGGCCGGCCAGCCAACUAACCGGCGCCGUGAAGGAAGGCUCUCCAGUCUCAGGCAGGAUGUGCAACUCCAACGUCAAGUCCGCGGGCGUCGCCCAGAUCGACGGCCGCCCGGUGCUGCAGCCGGCGGGCAACCGCGUGGCGCCGCCGGAGGGGGCGCGCCCGCUCAAGAAGUCCCUGCACAAGUCGCUCUCCAUGCCGGCCUCCUUCGACAACAAUGCCGCCGCGGCGGCCGCGCGACCCGCGCCCGAGAACACCCGCGCCGCCGCGGCGGCUUCCCUGCUGCCGCCUGCGACGCCGGCCUCGGUCACCGCGAGGGCGACGAAGGCGGCGGCCGUGGCCGCGGAGAAGAGCAGGGUCAAGGCCAGGAAGCCCGGCGCGGUGCUGCCGGUGGUGACGUUCGCAGCGCUGGAGGCGUUCGAGCCCGCGGGGAGCAUCGCGGCGGCGCAGCGGGAGCACGCCGCGCAGGCGCAGGCGCAGCGCAAGAUGCGCAUCGCGCACUACGGACGCACCGCGUCCUUCUCCCGUGUCGAGGGGAGGGUCGGCGCCACCGCCGCGGAGCCCGUCCCCGCCUCCCCCACCGGGAACGACGAGAAGCGCUGCAGCUUCAUCACGCCCUACUCGGACCCCCUGUAUGUGGCGUACCACGACGAGGAGUGGGGAGUGCCCGUGCACGAUGACGAGUUGCUGUUCGAGAUGCUCACCCUGUCUGGCGUGCAAGUCGGGGCGGAUUGGACUUCCAUCCUCAAGAAAAGACACGUCUACAGGGAGGCGUUCUCCGGCUUCAACGUGGACGCGGUCGCCAAGUACACCGAGAAGCAGAUGGCGUUGCUGAGCACCGACUUCGGCCUGGACUUGGGCACCGUCAGAGGGACCGUCAACAACGCCUGCCGGAUUCUCGAGGUGCGGAGGGACUUUGGGUCGCUGGACAAGUACGUGUGGGCAUUCGUGAACAACAAGCCGCUGUCGCCGGGGUACAAGUACAGCCGGAAAAUCCCGGUGAAGACGUCCAAGUCGGAGUCCAUCAGCAAGGACAUGGUGCGCCGGGGCUUCCGCUUCGUCGGCCCCACCGUCAUCCACUCCUUCAUGCAGGCCGUCGGGCUCACAAACGACCACCUCGUCUCCUGCCCACGCCACCGCGCCUGCUCCACCUCCGCCGCCGCCGCCGGCCGCGCUAACUGAUUCUUCUUCUGACCACCGCCGACCGAGACCAAGCCAGCGGCAGGACACGAGGACGAGACGACUUCUCAAGUAUAAGAAUGAUGGACAAGACGAGAGAGAAAAGAAAGAAAGAUAGCAUCGAGUAGUACGGCUAGUAUACGAAAAGAGAGUGUUGGUUUGCAAGUGUGUGUAUGAUGAGUGUGCUUGUGUAGAUUACUUACCGCCCCCCUCUAAUUAGUCAAUGAAGGAGCUUGCUUGCUGUUAAUUGCCCCUUAA